AUGUACGGUUGCAAACCUGCCGCUACUCCACUCAUAACAAAUGAGAAACUACAGAAGAAUGAUGGAGCACCAGAAGCUGAUGCAUCAAAAUACAUAAGUCUAAUCGGAAGUCUUCUAUAUUUAACAGCUACACAACCAGACAUAAUGUAUGCUACAAGUCUUCUAUCAAGAUUCAUGCAAAGCCCAAGUCAAAUACACUUUGGAGAAGGAAAAAAGAUUUUGAGGUAUCUACAAGGAACAGAAGAGUUCGGCCUAUGGUACACUACCAAAACAAACUCAGAAUUACUUGGCUACAUCGACGGUGAUUGGGCAGGUUCGCUAGAUGACAUGAAGAGCACCUCUCUAGGAUCAGGAAUAUUUUCUUGGGCCUCAAAGAAGCAAGCUACGGUUGCACAAUCAACAGCAGAAGCAGAGUACGUGGCAGCUGCUGAAGCAAUGAGUCAAGCUAUAUGGCUUCGCAGGAUACUUGAAGACAUGGGAGAAAAAUAA